ACUUGCACCACUCGUAAGUGUUGUGACUUCAACGUGAAGACGGCUGGUUAUAUCUUAUUUUCUUGAUGGACUUCCCAGAAGGCUUCAACCAGCUGGAGCUGCUGGAUUCACCUGAUCAUGUGAUUCCCAUGGGGACGCGGAGCGGUUGGGCGGACGAGGAAGAAGGAGAGGAUGAGGAUGAAGCCAUGCACACAGAGGAAUGGUAUCAGCAACAGGAGCUUCGUUUACAGGACACUCCCUCUGAACUGAUAUUAUGGGCUGCCGAGAGGAACAGAUUUGCAACAGUGGAGCGUCUUAUUGCGUUGGACCCGACGCUUGUCAACUGUCACGAUAGCGACGGCUACACCCCUCUGCACCGCGCUGCCUACAGUGGCCAUCAUGACGUGGCGUCUGCUCUUUUAAAAGCUGGAGCGAAUCUCCACGCGAGAACAGCCGACGAUUGGAUGCCGCUACAUAGUGCCUGUCGCUGGGGUCACGCUAACGUAGCAUCUCUUCUUUUGCAGUGGGGGUCAGAGAUCAAUGCUGUGACAGCAGGUCGACUCACAGCACUACAGCUGGCCGCUGGAAAUGCCGCCGCUGGGAAAACCAUUGAGCUUUUAUUAUCACAGCGCACCCUACAGGCGGGACUGAAAAACAGCGCAGGAGAGACGGCAUACGAUAUCGCACAUCGCACAAGUGAACAUCACAGGUUGUUCGAGAUCGCAGAGCCGUGUAAUAACGUAUAUUGAUAUAUUUACGUGUUAGCUUAGCAUUAAACUUUUGAUGGCUUAUGACAUCGUACAAGUGAACAUGAGUUUUUGUUUGCGUUCGCAGAGCUUUGUAAUAACAUGUAUCGAUGUAUAAACUUUGGUGUCUUAUGAUGACAUUGCGCAAGUGAACAUAAUUUUAGUUAUUUAAUUUUUUCGCAAUCGCAGAGCCUUUAAUUUAUUAUCAACAAAUGCCGUCAUCAAUUUGUUGGGCAGUUCAUGUGACGACAAGAUAAUCGAAAUUCGAAUUCAGCUUCCCCUAUGUUUCUCCUCAGUUUUGUAUUCUUGCUACGCAAACUGUAUUCUGUAAAGAUCUGGUGUGAUUCGCUCUCUUGAGGUCAUGCCACAGCAUCUCAAUCAGGUUGGGGUCAGGACUCUGACUGGGCCACUCCACAAGCUGUAUUUCUUCUGUUGAAGCCAUUCUGUUGCUUGUUUACUUCUAUGCUUUGGGUCGUUUAAAUUGCGUCACCCGUCCUUUGUGUUUGUAUAAAAUUAGUUGAACAAAUAUUUUAGAACAUCGAAAGUAAUCAAAUUAGUUGUAUUUGAAUAAAAUUAGGGUGACACAGUGGCGCAGUAGUGCUGUCGCCUCACAGCAAGAAGGUCGCCGGUUCGAGCCUCGGCUGGGUCGGUUGGCGUUUCUGUGUGGAGUUUCUUCUCCCCGCGCUUUCGUGUGGGUUUCCUCCGGGUGCUCUGGUUUCCCCCACAGUCCAAAGACACGCGGUACAGGUGAAUUGGGUAAGCUAAAUCAGUGUUUCCCAACCCUGUUCCUGGAGGCACACCAACAGUUCAUGUUUUGGAUGUCUCCCUCAUCUGACCCAUUAGCUUCAGCUUUUGGAGUCUCUUCUAAUGUUCUGAUGAGUUGUUUCAGGUGUGUUUGAUUUAGAGAGAGGUUGAGAAUGUGUACUGUUGGCGUGCCUUCAGGAACAGGGUUGGGAAACUCUGCAUUAGAAGAGACUCCAAAACCUGAAGUUAAUGGGUCAGAUGAGGGAGACAUCCAAAACAUGAACUGUUGGUGUGCCUCCAGGAACAGGGUUGGGAAACACUGAGCUAAAUUGUCCGUAGUGUAUGAGUGUGAGUGAGUGUGUUUGGAUGUUUCCCAGAGAUGGGUUGCGGCUGGAAGGGCAUCCGCUGCAUAAAACAUGUGCUGGAUAAGUUGGCGGUUCAUUCCGCUGUGGCGACCCUGGAUUAAUAAAGGGACUAAGCCGACAAGAAAAUGAAUGAAUGAAUAAAAUUAUAAUGGAUAAAAAACGGAUCAGGAAUUGAUCAUGCGAAAAAUUGAUCGUCUAACACAUGAAUCAAGUUUUCGAGACCUAAAUUGCGUCCCUGAAUGUUGUUUCGAACGGAAUGAAAACACAUUAAAGGCUUAACACAUGAAAUUAAUUUAGAAACGCAUUAAGAAAGCUGCAUCUUGCAAAAAACACGAUUUUUUGUCUCAUUUGAGAAGUUUAAAUUGGAUGUAUGUCACGAUAAGGGGAAAACAGACCAUCUUAACUUUUGUUUCAUGUCAACUUUCAGGUUUGUUGAUAUUGCUAUGUGUAAUUAACACUUUGCGACACAGAUAUUUAUAAUUUAUUAUACAUAUAAAUACUGUAAAGCUUAAGUUUUCUGAAGAUGUAGUUAAUGAAGAUAUCUGUAGUUUGUGAAGCUAGUGUUUACAUAGAAUUACUGUGUGGUCGUAAUGUGAAAUAUUGAUCAUAAUGUGAUGUUAUAAUUAUCUAAGUGGAAGCACAAUAAAGUCAUUCCAGUUCACAAUGA